UCUCUCUCCAACUCAAGCUAGGCGCAUGGAAAAGUCUGAGAAGCGAGCUUAGUCUCCCCAUCCCAGAAACGGUGUUUUCUUUCCCUUUCUCCUCAGGCAUUUGUUUAGUCGACUAUAAACACGGAGGAGGACCCUGCUCUGGCGUUGCUGGGCAAAGCUCAGUUGGGAUGCUGGGCCUAAGCGGAAGAGAGCUGGAGAAGGGAGGCGUGUUGGGUUAUUGUUUACAUAACUGCGCCGGUGGGGCUGGAAAUGGACCCGCUGCUCCACGCCUUGAGUUACUUCAGGCGGAGAAAGUUCCAGCUGUGCUCGGAUCUUUGUUCUCAGCUACUGGAAAAGGAACCCGGCGACCAGGCUGCUUGGUGCUUGAAAAUACGAGCAUUAACAGAAAUGGUUUAUGUGGAUGAAAUUGAUGUGGAUCAGGAAGGCAUUGCCGAGAUGAUGCUUGAUGAAAAUGCUAUUGCACAAGUGGCACGGCCUGGUACUUCGCUAAAAAUUCCUGGAACUAGUCAUGGUGGAGGUCCUAGCCAGGCUGUGAGGCCAGUGACUCAGACAGGAAGACUUCUAACAGGAUUUGUGCGGCCCAGUACUCAGGGUGGAAGACCAGGUACUAUUGAACAGGCCAUAAAGACUCCAAGAACUGCUCACACUGCCCGUCCAAUGACUAGUGCUUCAGGGAGAUAUGUCAGGCUUGGCACGGCCUCUAUGCUCACAAAUCCUGAUGGCCCCUUCAUAAAUGUGUCUAAACUCAAUUUAAAUAAUUAUGCUCAGAAACCAAAGUUGGCAAAGGUAUUGUUUGAAUACAUCUUUCACCAUGAGAAUGAUGUUAAAAAUGCUUUAGAUUUGGCAGCAUAUGCCACUCAACAUGCUCAGUUCAAGGACUGGUGGUGGAAAGUGCAAAUUGGGAAGUGUUAUUACAGGCUAGGAUUAUAUCGUGAAGCAGAAACACAAUUUAAAUCCGCUCUCAGACAACAGGAUAUGGUAGAUACAGUACUGUAUUUGGCAAAAGUGUACUCCCGCUUAGAUCAGCCUUUGACAGCUUUAAAUGUUUUCAAGCAAGGAUUGGAUCGGUUUCCUGGAGAAGUCUCCCUCAUUUGUGGUAUUGCCAGGAUCCAUGAGGAAAUGAACAACAUUUCUACAGCUGCAGAAUGCUACAAAGAUGUCUUAAAGCAAGACAAUACCCAUGUGGAAGCCAUUGCAUGCAUUGGAAGUAAUCACUUUUAUUCUGACCAGCCUGAGAUAGCAUUGCGGUUUUACAGACGGCUCCUGCAGAUGGGUAUUUAUAACAGCCAGCUCUUUAACAACCUGGGCCUCUGUUGUUUCUAUGCCCAGCAAUAUGACAUGAUUCUCAGCUCCUUUGAACGUGCUCUGUCUCUCGCUGAAAGUGAGGAGGAGGCUGCAGAUGUAUGGUACAACUUGGGACAUGUAGCUGUGGGAAUAGGGGAUAUAAACUUGGCUUACCAGUGUUUCAAAUUGACUUUGGCCAACAACAAUGAUCAUGCAGAAGCUUACAAUAACUUGGCUGUGCUGGAGAUGCAAAAAGGUCGCAUAGAGCAGGCAAGAGUGUUUCUGCAAACUGCUUCACGACUAGCACCUCAUAUGUAUGAGCCACACUUCAAUUUUGCUGUACUGUCUGAUCAGGCUGGAGAUCUCCAAAGGAGUUAUGCAGCUGCUCAGAAGUCUGAAGAAGCUUUUCCAGAACAUGUAGAUACGAAGCAACUAAUCAAACAGUUGAAGCAGCACUUUGCCAGACUUCGGUGAAACACUUGUCCUUUGAAAAUAUUUAAAAUUAUAUUUCCCUCAAAGCUGCUAACUUCUGCAGAUUUACAAAGUAGAGGAGUUGAUACAUAAAUUCUCAUAAUGUUGUUUUAUAGUGGAGUACUGGCUAUGCUGACUAAAGAGAGGCUGAAUCUUGUUACCAUCCGAACUGCAUAAGAGUUAUUAAGCAGAAAAAGCUUUAAGGUAGAGUAGUCUACUUGACAUGUCCAGUGGCAGCAUUCUUUUUGAUUAUAUUAGGAGAAGCAAGGUAGAGUUUACCUCUGUUCAUAUUGGUUGAUGGGAACCUUCAAUGGAGUUGUUGCUAGAAAAGGAAGUUAACCCUUAUUUGAGGGUUGCUGCUUGUAUAUGCUAGUUUAUUACUUUCAAGGAAACAUUUCCCCAUUUAUUCACCAUUUGGUGACUGCUGUUGUGUUGCACCGUUUUCUCAUAGUUAACAUUUAGAAACAACAUAUUUGUAUAUGGUACACUUACCUUUGGGUGACCAAUCCCUUACAUCUAUACUGAUGUGUGCAAAUUCUAAAUGUCUGUUUAUGCCACUCUUUUCCACGUUUCUGAUAAUUAUGGGGCCAAUGUGGGUCAGACAGCAAAUGUGGUUGGAUUCAUACCUGUCCCAUCAGACUAAAGCAUAAAGGUCAAGCAUAGAGAGUGAGAAGCUGUUGCCUUUACUCCCUUAAAGAAAAUAAAACUUUGAGUCAUGGGGUAUGUAAAAAGAUCAUUUGUUUGAGCAUGAGUAGAGUAUGUUCCCUUGAGAAGAAAAGGCAGACACAACAGAAUGGUGGCAUCUAUGAAAUACCUCCCCUACUUGAUUUAUCUUCAUUUCUAAACCAUACCUUCCAUUUCAAAGCUAAUGGAGACUUAAACUAUUCCUUCCAACCUCAGAUUUCAGAAGUCUGAAGAUACUGCACUAUACAUUUGCAUCCUGUGUGCUGGAUAAUUUUGACAGUUAAUGCUUUUUAAAGUUUACUGGAUGCUGUGAUUUUCCAUUUUAGUAUAAAAUAAAGAAUGUUCUGGUCUUUCUCGUAGCGUCGUUCAGUGAAGGGUCAUUUUGUUUGUUGUAACUCAAAGGGUAGCUGUCCCUUGAGAUGAGUUUUAAUCAGAUUGAACUGACCCAACCUGUUGCCCUCCAGAUGUUGUUGGACUCCAGCUUCCAUCAGUCCCACCCAUUAUGAGGAAUGGUCAGGGAUGAUGGGAGUUGUAGUACAACAUCUUGAGGGCACUUAUACAGUCUUCAUGAUAUGCUGUGUCACUUUUCUGUGUCUUCUCAUUGUUACAAAAUUGGAAAUGCUGUUUCCAUUAUCUUUGCAUCAGAAAUAUUUGUACAGAAGGAUCUAAUUUAAAAUGAAAAAGUAAGAUGAAUAAAAUGGGAAGAAUAUCGAGCUGUAAUUUAAAGUACCUUGUUCUUUAGCACAAUCCUCUUCAUAAUGAGUAAAUAUUACAUAAUGCCAGCACUUGUAAGAUUGUAGAUUGUGGCUAUAACUGGAAAAUGAAGGAAGAAUAAUCAGCCAGUUUAAAAACGACUUGAUUUUUCACUUAAAAUGCACCAGUUUAAAAAUCUCAACAUAGUAUGUGCAACCGUAGGCCAAUGUGUAUGUAAUGCUACUUUUUAAGAGUAAUUCAUCAUACAGGUGAGCAUGUUGCAAAAGAAUCUACCUUUACCAGUGUCAGUGCAGCAUGAAAUAUUCCCUGUCAUUCUCAUGGUCUAGUUGGUCACUCUUCUGACCCCUUUGCUGAAGCAAGCAGGACAGUUUUGCCCCAUCAGAUGGGGGAGGCGUGUACUGCAGGGAGUGCAGCGAUAGUAACCUCUCCCACCGAAUUGGUACAGUUAAAAGAAUAUUCUCUGGAAUGCAAACAAGCAAUACUUAUUCCCAUCAGGUGUAUUUGUACAGUCAAAGAUUGACUUGUGUUUAUGUUAUUUCUAGUUUUCACUGCAUUCCACAAUGAUUUACUAUAUUUCAGGCAUUUAAACCUAAAUUGCUAUUUGUGAAGAUAGUGUGUAUAUUUAAUUUUUAAUGCUAUUUAUAAUAAAGCAAAGUGAGGUCUACCAUUGAUUAAGAAUCUGUUUUC